AUGGAAAAUCAAACACCACUAAAUACAACAAUACCUCCCCAAACCAUUUCUGCAGAACCUACUCUUGUGUCAACAACUCCACAAAUGAUGACUCAACGUGAUUCAUUUUCUAACGGUGGAAAUCUAAUAUCUCUUAAUGCCUCUUCCCAGAUUCCAUUCAAACUUGCAAAGAAUGGGGUAAGUUAUGCUUCUUGGAAGUCGCAAAUGACCAAUCUUCUCUUCGGUUAUGGACUUCUUGGCUUCGUUGAUGGAACACAUCCAUGCCUGCUGCCAACCGAUCCAGAAUAUAUUUAUUGGACUCGUCAAGAUCGUCUUGUGCUCUUCAGCAUCCAGGCCACGGUUAAUAGCACAAUCAGCCCGACGAUCAACAAUUGCACCACUUUUGCUGAUGCUUGGAACAAAUUGGAAACGAGUUUUGCUAAUCGUUCCAAUACAAGGAUGCUCUCUAUUAUGUCAUCCCUCAUGACAAACAAAAAAGAAGGGAAGACCGUUGCUGCCUAUAUGAGCAGGGUAAAGAACCUCGUUGACGACUUAGCUCUUAUUGGACACCCUCUAAAUGACUCUCAAGUCAUGUCCUAUGCCUUAAAUGGUUUGGGUGACGAGUUUAAAGAACUCACUGCAGCCGUUCGUGUUCGCGACACUCCACUCUCGUUUGAGGACCUCUAUGAUAAAUUACUCGACGAGGAACUGAUUCGUAAUAAUGGAGAAUUAAAGGAUGAAGAAGUACAAAUCACUGCACAAUUCACUCAAAAACAGGCUAUGUAUAAAAAUUGUGGUACUCGCGGAGGACAUCGUGGUGGUAACAAUAGCUCAUCACACAACUCACAUAACACUCCCAGCCACAUGCAUUUUAAUCGCCAACAACAACCUUCUUCUGGACGAGGUAUACGCUCAUCAAAUUUUCAACCACAUUUUUCCUCAUGGAAUUCAAACUCUUAUCAGGGAAAUCAAAGCCAACAUCGCAUUGUUUGUCAACUAUGUGAUAAACCGGGACACAGUGCAAAAACUUGUUACUCUCGUGAACAACCAUCUUCUCAGUUAUCUCGACCGCAUGCAAAUCUAGCUGAACGAGACACAACCCAUAACAAUAAGAAUUGGGUGCUCGAUUCAGGUGCCACGCACCAUAUCACUUCCGAUCUCCAGAAUCUCUCGAUGCACUCAAACUAUGUUGGAAAUGAAGACGUGGUUGUCGGCAAUGGUAAUGAAAUUCCUAUCUCUCAUAUUGGUUCUGGUUCAAUUAAUUCUCAUGGUUCCUCUUUUGCAUUAAACAAUGUUCUGUGUGCUCCAUUAAUAAAGAAGAACUUGAUAUCUGUUUCCCAAUUUUGCAAACAAAAUAAUGUUUCCAUUGAAUUUUUUGCUAACUAUUUUCUUGUGAAGGAUUUGAAUACGAGGGCAUCCUUGGCGAAAGGCCGGAGUAGACAUAACUUGUACGAAUGA